CCUAGAUGUUAUUUACCUCAGAGAAACUGUCAGCUCGAAAAGCCUCGAUAGGCCAAAAGUUCGCGUUUUAAUGCUUUUUCUUUCUAAACCCAGUAACUUCCACAGAGCCUAUACUGGGAAAACUGGGAGUGAAGUGAGAAAACACCCUGGAUGGGAUGUCGAUCUAUCGAAGGGCAACGUGCACAUAGACAUUAACACCAAGAGGCAAUUUUAUCAUCGCCUCACUUAGGAAGAACCCGAGAACCCUGAAGAAACCCCCACGGACACAGAGAGAAUAUUUAAACCUUAACAGUGACCCGAGGACAGAAUCGAACCCGAGAGACUAGAUCUGCAUUUCAACAACAUAAAAAUGUGUUACCUGAUUGUUAACUUCACUGAAGUGAAGGCAUGAAUAUUAUAUGGGUUUCGGAGUCAUAUUCGCUGUCUCUGAAUAAGGCAAUACAUUUGUGGUACACACAAGGCCAGAGGUUCGUGACUCUCUCGGACUCACCGUUGUCUCAUAAUCUGUCUGGUCAGCUUUAUUUCAAAAGGUCUCUGAGCUACCGAAUCGGAGACAUCCAUCGUAACUGGAAGCGCAUCCAGAAGUGCAGCAUCCUGAGAUUACGUCCCUGCCGAAAUAAUUCCCUCAAUCACAAAGAUUUGCUUUACACCAGUGCUUCCAAUUUCAGUUCCACGGCCUGCCUUCGUUCCAUCGACCAGAGCUAUCGCAUGUCACGCCUCAAGACCACGUUGGAAUCCGUAUCAAAAGCCGUGAGUGGGACGCAAGCAGAGUUUUUGUCCAGGAUAGCACGGCUCAAACCCGGUGCCAGAGACAGCGGCGCCGGUGCUGAGACAACACCUAUUCAAAAUACAUCUACGCCAGCACUUGUAUCUCAUCCACCAUCAUCGCCUGCAGCCGCAACAUCAAGCACGAGCCUUCCUGAAACCUCCUCUGCCCCUGUCCCGUAUGUCCAAACGGAAGUAAAAUCUAAAAAAUCUCAAUCUCAGACCUCUAAAACAAAUGGACCAGAUACACCCACAGCAUCUACAUCAGCAACGCCGCCCACCAGCUUUACAUCCUCCAGACCGAAUACACAUCUCUUUCAUCCAAGUUCCUUCAGCGUCAGCUUAGAUGAGACGUAUAAUUACCUGGCGCACCACAUAAACUCUCAUUUUAGCAGCUACGCUACGGAUAAGGAAAAAAAGACGGAGGGAAACGAUUGUUCGGAUCGGUCGUCUAAUUCCAGCCAUCCAGCUGUCGAUAACACUGAAGUAUCUGCUCCUGUGUCAAACUCGGGUUCUGCCUUGUCACCCAAAAAAGGCCUGGGACAUUAUCUGACAUACAAGCCUACCGUCCAGGCGUUUGUAGGGAACUACAUCGCCCCCUUAGUUCCCAGGUUUAUGACCGAAUCAAAUCGUGUGCUUCCAGAAACGGAGAAAUCUGUUCCUCCUGAAAUGGUCGAGGACAAAGAGAAGAAAGCAGCAGAGGAAAAGGCCAGGAGACUAAUGCUUCAAAGAGAGAAGAUCAUUGCCCGAGUGAGUGUGGAUAAUCGAACACGAGCUCUGGUCCAGGCCCUGCGCAGAGCAUCAGAUGUGAGGCUUUACAUCAGCAGGGUGGAGGAACUGAGCUACCAUCUGCUGGAGUUCCCUGAGACAAGGGUGGUGGCUGUCAAGGAGAAGGUGAUUCCAUGCUUGCUGCGCCUGAGGAAGGCUAACGAUCUAUCUCUAAAGGCGGCGGUCAGAGAGGCCCUCACUCUUGUAGGCUACGUCGACCCAGUGAAAGGCAGAGGGAUUCGCAUUCUGUCCAUCGACGGUGGAGGCACGAGAGGACUGGUGGCCCUUCAGUGUUUACAGAAGCUGGAAGAGAUGUCGGGAAAACCGAUUUACCAGCUGUUUGAUUACAUUUGUGGUGUGAGCACAGGUGCAAUAUUAGGCUUCAUGCUGGGUGUAUAUCAUUUUCCCCUGAGUGAGUGUGAGGUGAUGUACAGAAAGCUGGGCUCCGAUGUCUUCAGGCAGAACGUCAUCGUGGGUACCGUGAAGAUGGGCUGGAAUCACGCCUUCUACGACAGCGAAGUCUGGGAGAAAGUUCUGAAGGAAAGAAUGGGCUCUGACCUUUUGGUUGAAACCUCAAGAAACCCUGACUGUCCAAAGGUGGCAGCAGUGAGCACUGUUGUAAAUAAGGGCACGGCGUUAAAGGCGUACGUGUUCAGGAACUACAACCUGCCAGUAGGCGUGCGCUCCCACUACAGAGGCGGCUGCCAGCACAAGCUCUGGGAGGCUAUACGAGCUUCUUCGGCUGCUCCUGGAUACUUCCAGGAGUUUGCACUGGGCACAGAUUUACACCAGGAUGGUGGUUUGCUGAUAAACAACCCAACAGCUUUGGCCAUCCAUGAAUGCCAGUGUCUGUGGCCUGGCACUCCACUGCAGUGUGUGGUUUCUUUGGGCACAGGGCGCUUUGAGUCGUCCACCAAGAACAACGCUACUUAUACAAGCCUGAAGACUAAACUGAACCACGUCAUCA